AUGGACACGUUCAAACGCGACGAUAACGCGUUGAACGAUUCAUGUGAUCUCACGUUCAGUUCUCUAAUAGAGGAUAAAAGUGAAGUUUCUGUUACUUGUAAGAAUGCCUCUUCUGCAUCUGGAAACAAGAUCGUCAGGGAUCAUCCGGCGAUGCUCGAGGUACCAGACGCCAUCACAGCUGAUCUCGUCGCGAGCACGCAAUCUGAAUUAGAGAAAUGCGAAAAUUUAUGCGGAAGUGAGAAAAUAGAAGCAACAAACGGCGCCAAUGAAGACGAUGCUCCAGCAGUUUCCUUAAAUUACGAUCGCCCGUUCGAUUUCAAUCGUGAAAAUCCAUCUUAUUGCAAUUCUAGUAUGACAAGCGAUUGCAACGUCGUUCUCGUGGACGACGAUCUCGAAUGCAACGACGCGACAAUCCAGGGAGAAGAUUCCGAAGAUAGCGAGAAGACAAUUAAAGAGGAUUUUUUAUUAGAUGAUCGAUACGCAAAUUGUUUGUCAAAAGAUCUCGGCAAUGUCGAUUCGAUGUACGAAAAAAUAUGUCAAGUUAAACAUAGCGGAGAGAAAUUUGUCGAUUCAGGAAUUCCUUUAAUUAGUACAAAUGUAGAUGAUAAUAACGAUGAAAUUGUACGACAAAUUAUUGACGAUUACAUUGAUUCGCGGAUCAUGGCUGAGGAAAGCGUUCUUCUUCCAAGCGAGAAUGUUGAGGAAGAGAUUAAAGAUAAAGAAACGAGACUUGAACGGAAUAAAUCGUGUAUAAACGACGUUGAAAAUUCUUUUCGAGAAAAAAUAGAUGUAGAGAACACAGCUGUUUCAAGUAUAAAGUCCAACAAUUAUUAUAUAGAUAAUAACGGGAGUUAUCUUAAAGAUGCCGUCGAUCUUUUGAAAUGUACGGAAGAGAACACGAUGUUGAGGAUUGAGGAAGACAGUGUGGAAAAGACAAUUACAGGAAUAAGAGAAAUGGAUAAGAUAAUCAAGGAUCUUUUAUAUACAAACGACGAGGAACAGAACGAUUCGGCGGAGGAACGAAUGGUAGAGAGUUUAUCCGCGGAGUUGGAAAGCGAUGACCACGAUGACGUGAUGCGAAAGAUAAUCGAAAGCUGUUCCAAUGUUUCCGUCAAUUUUCAGCAUCAUUCGCCGAUACGCGACAAUUCGACUCCCGAUUUCGAAGAAUCGAGUAGCGAAUACAUGAUUAAGAACUUUCGAGGGAACAAACUUUUCUCGCAUUAUCGCGAUGUUACUGAUACUGUCAUAGCGAAAGAGGAUAUAUUAAAAACUAUCAAGGAGGCGCAGAAGAUAUUAACUGAUAAUCCGUACAAUGACAUGUCGGAGACAAGCGUUAAUGAGAAUUACGAUAGAGAUAAUUCGGAAAGAUUUACAAAAGAAAUAAACAAUGACGAAGAAUAUAAAACAAUAAAUAAGGAAGAAAAUAAUUUUCUUGAGAAUAAAGAUAUAACGAUGAAUUUAGCAAAUGUGGAAAAUGAAUCGAAUGUUAUUGAUAGUAAUCUGCAAAAAUUAGCCGAGAUCACGUGUUCAGAUCGUCCUAGAACGCAUACCGAGAUUCACGAAACCUUGAAGAAGAUAGCGGAAGAGAAAAGAAAAAUUGAAGAUCGAAAGAAAGAAUCGUUGGAAACACUAUCGAGGAAAUUCGAGGAGAUUGACAAGUUUAUCGCUGAUCGUUACGAUAUUUCUUAUACGUCUGAUAAAGAUCCUUGCGAAUUUAAAAUUCCUGAGGAUUUCGCCAACGAUUCCGACAGCCUCGAUGACUUUCAGAUCGAUCAUGGAAACGUCGAGGUUCCUCUAACGAAAGCCGAAAUAACGGAGAAUUUAAAAAUCGAGCAGUUGGAAGAGGAGCUCGCGAAUGAGAUAAAAGAGCACAAGAAACUAAUGGAUGAAUAUCAGAAAACCAUUGCUAUGGAUUUAGAGAAGAUUCAGCAAGCGACUUUAGAGUCUGAAUCUCAGCAAAUUUAUAACGAUGAAGAAAAUGAUAAAGAAACUGCAAAUCAAUCUAAUAAUGACGAAAAUAUAAGCGACGAAUUAAACGAAAAGUCUGGAAUGAUGACUGAUACAACUAUCGAAGUCGAUUCAGAAGCUGAUGACUCCUUUUUAGAAGGUUUAAAGGAACCGGAAAGAACGUACAUCAAGGGAAAGGUAUAUGAUUUCGACGAGAAAAAGCACGGCGUUAGAAUGACGGAGGAAUUUAUUAAGAAGCACUGCAAGGAACAAAGACUCUAUCAGACGCCGUAUUUGAAUGACGUCCUGUACUUGCAUUACAAAGGAUUCUCCUUCAUCGAAAGUCUCGAAAAAUAUACAGGUCUCAAGUGCCUGUGGCUGGAGAACAACGGUAUACGCGAGAUCGCGAAUUUGGAAAAUCAGGGCGAGCUCAAGUGCCUGUUCCUGCAUCACAAUCUUAUCAGCAAGAUCGAGAAUCUCGAUUAUCUGACGAAGCUCGACACCCUGAAUCUCUCGCACAACACGUUACGGAGAAUCGAGAAUCUCGACGGUCUCAAGUUCCUGAACAACCUGAACCUGUCGCACAAUUAUCUGCGAGAAACCGCUGACAUCGAGCAUCUCCGUCUGCUGCACGCGCUCUCGAUCUUGGAUAUCUCUCACAACAGGAUCGACACCUGCGACGUCGUUGACGUAAGUCGAUAAUUACCCGUGUCGCACGCGAGAUGCAUAA